AUGAGUCUCUCCAAACUCGCAGAAUUCGGCACUCGGCAUGUGGCCAAAGGAAUUGGGAGAUUGGCCACCGAGGUCAUUGAGAGUGGCAGUGGGAGCUACGUGACCAUGACGAGCGGCCGCAAGAUGCUCGACUUCACGUGUGGCAUUGGUGUCGCCAACCUGGGUCACUGCCAUCCCGCCGUCACCAAGGCUGCUCAGGCUCAGGCUGGAAAGAUGGUUCAUGCCCAGGUAAACAUCGCUUUCCAACGACCGUACCUCGAACUGAUCCAGUCACUCUUACCACUAAUGCCACACAAAUCCCUCGACACAUUCUUCUUUUGGAAUUCUGGGUCCGAAGCCGUCGAGGCCGCCGUCAAACUCGCCAGACACGCGACUAAGAAACAGAAUAUCAUCGUCAUGCAAGGUUCGUACCACGGCCGAACUUUCGGGACCAUGGCCAUGACACGGUCCAAGACCAUCUACGGCGAAAACUAUGCGCCGCUGAUGCCGGGGGUCUUCGCCACGCCCUUUCCCUACUGUGCCCAGUGUUCCAUCGCGUCCCACUGUGGUGACGGCAAGUACAACGCCGAGAAUUGCUGCAUGGACCCCGUCGAGCAACUGGAGCUGCUGCUGAAGCGCGAAACCGCCCCGUCCGACACGGCGGCCAUCGUCAUCGAGCCCGUCCUCGGCGAAGGCGGCUACGUCCCCGUCGUCCCCGAGUACCUGAGGCGAGUCCGCGAGAUCUGCGACAGGAACAACAUUCUGCUGGUCGUCGACGAGGUCCAGUCCGGGUUCGGUCGGACGGGCAAGAUGUUCGCCAUCGAGCACUACGGCGUGCGCCCGGACAUCCUCGUCAUGGCCAAGGGGAUCGCGAACGGGUUCCCCCUGUCCGGCAUCGUCUCGAGGAAGGAGCUCAUGGACACGCAGAAGCCCGGGUCCAUGGGCGGCACGUACGCCGGCAACGCCGUGUCGUGCGCGGCCGGGAUCGCCGUGGCCCAGGCCUUCAAGGACGAGAAGAUCCUGGAGAACGUCAACGUCCGCAGCGAGGAGAUGAUGGGCUCGCUGCGCAAGGCCAAGUCCGACUUCCCCGACAUGGUCUACGACGUGAGAGGACUGGGGUUGAUGCUCGCGGUCGAGUUCGUGGGCGGCAAGGGCUACGCGGCCAAGGUGCAGGCCAAGUGCAUGGAGAAGGACAUGUUGAUCCUGACCACGUCCAUCUACGACACCCUGCGCUUCAUCCCGCCCCUCAACAUCUCCAAGGAAGACAUGGCCAAGGGUCUGGGCAUCAUCCGAGGGGCCAUCGAGGAGGUCGCUGCUGGAAAGUAGCUUGCGGAUCAAUGAAGCAGCCAAAUGAAACUGGAAAAAAAGAAGAAGAAAGAAGAAAAAUUGGCAUUGGAAUAAUCCUCAUUCACGAAAGAAAGUCGGAAUAGUUUUGGCGUUGUGAAAUUUGUUGCGGCGGGUUGUUUGGCCGCUCAUCCAGUAACACGAUGUAAUUCCGCGUAGGCUCUGUCCUUGGACCUGAUGGAUUUUUAGGGUUAGGGCACAUGAGGGCAUAAGAGACAUGC